UUUCCUAAACCCUAGAACUUUCUCUUCGCGAAGCCGCCUCAAGAGUGAGCCUGUUCGUAUCUCCUAGGGUUUCGCACAUUCGUUUUCUUCGCGCUUUCUGCAAACAAUCAUGGUUCUGCAAAAUGAUAUCGAUCUCCUCAACCCUCCGGCGGAACUGGAGAAGAGGAAGCACAAGCUCAAGCGUCUCGUGCAGUCCCCUAACUCCUUCUUUAUGGAUGUCAAGUGCCAGGGAUGCUUCAACAUAACUACGGUGUUUAGCCAUUCUCAGACAGUUGUGGUGUGUGGAAACUGCCAGACAGUGUUGUGCCAGCCCACGGGUGGUAAAGCUAGGCUCACCGAGGGCUGUUCCUUCAGGAGAAAGGGAGAUUGAGAUUCGAAUUCGACCAACAGUCUUUCCUCAGAUGUUGCUGUCGAUGUGGGUUUUGUCUAAGUCUAAGAUAUGGCAUGAAUCAGAUGUUUUUUGUUUGGGAUUUCUUUCUUGCUAAGCACUAAUGUCUCCCUGAUUUUGAACCAUACAUUUCUACUUCGAAGUUCUUUUGUCUUUUGAUUCUCCUGAUGCAACAGAAUCGGAUUUUAUUUGAAUAUCGGAGUCGUAAAUUGCUCGUUA